ACGACAAGCGUCUCUCCGCCGGCUACCACCUCGCAGGCUCCCCCGGUGGUGCAGCCUCCUCCGUAUUCGUCUACCCCUUCCCUUCCGGCGCCAUCCCCUAACCCACCUCCAGAAACUGGCAGCGGUAAGGGGGCAUCCGGGAGCGGCGAAUCCGGGACCGCUGAAGCUGGGAGCGGUGGAUCAACGGUUUACAGUGGUGACCUCACGUACUUCCAAUUGGGUAUGGGCGCCUGCGGCUUCGACGACACCGGCAAGGACCUGAAGGAAAACCUCGUCGCCGUCUCGGCGGCGCUGAUGGGCGCUCAGUCCAACGGCAACCCAAUGUGCAACAAGGGCAUCACCAUCAGGGCCGGCGGCAAGACCAUCCAGGCCACGGUCCGCGACAAGUGCCCGAGCUGCGCCCCCGGCGACAUUGACGGCACCGAGAAGAUGUUCAAUGAGCUGUUUGGGUCUCUCACCGACGGCCGCCGAGCGAUCGAGUGGUGGUUCAACUAA